AAUAUAUGUCUUCAAAAUCUUUCUUCUUCAGAAGAAAACUAUUUUUUUUAUAUCUUUCUUUAUUACUUUACAUACUAUAUUAUAUAUACACUUGAAAUGAACAGUUUUUGGUCAGAAGGAGAUCAAGAUACAAAAGCUCCAGUUAAAAUAACAAAAGACAAGAAUGGUAUUGAUCUUGUUACACUUCAGAACCCCAUAGGGUUUUCCGUACAGGUGAGUUUGCAUGGAGGUCAAGUUCUUUCUUGGAAAAACGAACGUGGUGAAGAACUGUUGUUUAGAAGUAGUAAGGCAAACUGCAAGCCACCCGCAGCGGUGAGAGGUGGAAUUCCCAUAUGCUUUCCGCAGUUUGGAAAUCGGGGGUCUCUUGAGCAACAUGGUUUUGCACGAAACAAGAUAUGGGAAAUCGACAACAAUCCUCCUGUGCUCCAUCACAAUAACUGUAAUGGAAACUCUUUUAUCGAUUUAUUGCUCAAACCAUCAGAAGAAGAUAUGAAAAUCUGGCCUCAUAGUUUCGAAUUUCGGCUAAGGGUGUUGUUGACUUCGGAUGGGGCUUUAAAGUUAAUAUCACGCAUAAGGAACAUCGGUUCCAAGGCAUUUAGUUUUUCAAUUGCAUAUCACACGUAUUUUUCAGUUUCUGAUAUUAGUGAAGUAAGGAUAGAAGGCUUGGAGACACUUGAUUAUCUUGAUAAUUUACACCAUAAGGAACGAUUUACGGAGCAAGGAGACACUCUCACCUUUGAAUCAGAGGUGGAUCGUGUCUACAUUGGCUCUCCUCAUGUAAUCGGGGUUUUUGAUCAUGGAAAGAAACGAACUUUUCUUAUACGUAAGGAAGGUCUUCCUGAUGCUGUGGUUUGGAACCCAUGGGAGAAGAAAGCGAAAACGAUAACAGAUAUGGGAGAUGAAGAGUAUCGACAAACGAUUUGUGUUGAUGGUGCUGCGGUUGAGAAGUCAAUUACACUGAAACCUGGAGAAGAAUGGACAGGUCGUUUAGAGCUCACUGUCCUCCCUUCGAUUUAAAAAAACAAUAAAAACUUUUAAAUAGUAGAACUUUAGAAUGGUA